UGUUUUGGUUUCCUUCUUUGCUGAUCCGGGGUUCAUUUUCUGCUUUUCUACUCACAUACACGCGUCCACUCGUCUAUGCUGGUUUACUAAUCCUCUAACUGUCCAAUAAAGUUUGAGACAUUUCUCUACAACCACAACAAUGUCUGUUUGGGAUGAUUUGGACCUGCUCUUAGACUCCCCUUCCUCACUAACUGUGACAUCCAGUGCAAGAGGAACUGUGAAGGAUGUACCAAACUUCAAAGUGGAAGACGAUGUGUCUGCACUAAGGAAGGCCAUAGAGGGUCUUGGUACAACUGAAAAGACACUAAUUGAGGUCUUGACCCAAAGGAGUAGCGCUCAGCGUCAGCUUAUUUCUAAGGCCUAUGAGAAAGCCACAGGAAGGACAUUAAAAGCUGACCUAGAGGGCGACACUCACGGAGACUUUGAGGACUUGUUAGUAGCCUUGAUCACACCGCCUGCUGUCUACGAUUGUCGUGAAGUCAUCAAAGCCAUCAAGGGUGCGGGGACCACAGAGAGUACACUGACAGAAAUCUUUGCCUCAAGAUCCAACAGACAGGUCAAUGCCAUGUCUGAAGCAUACCUUGCAGAAACUGGAAGAUCAAUGAUUAAUGAUCUGCAGUCGGAGGUGUCUGGAGAUUAUGGCAAAGCACUGCUCAUCUUGGCUGAGGGGAAGAGAGACGAGAGCACGAGUGUGGAUACUGCCAAAGCUAAAGCAGAUGCUAAGGCCCUGUAUGAAGCAGGGGAGAAGAAGUGGGGAACUGAUGAAGGGAAGUUUAUUGAUAUCCUGUGCCACAGGAGUAUUCCCCAGCUUCGACAGACUCUGGUAGAGUACAAGAAUAUUAGUAAGAAGACUCUGCAGCAGAGCAUCGAGAGCGAGAUGUCUGGAAACCUGGAGGACCUACUGGUGGCUGUUGUUAAGUGUGUGAAGAGUGUUCCUGCAUACCUCGCUGAGAGGCUUUAUAAGAGCAUGAAGGGUGCGGGGACCACAGAGUCCAUUCUGACCAGCAUCCUAGUCAGUCGCUCAGAGAUAGACUUGCUGGACAUCAGAACAGAAUACAAGAAUCUGUUUGGAAAAUCCCUCUACUCCCAGUUAGAGUCUGAAGUGUCGGGCAGUUAUGGUGACGCCCUCAAGAAGCUUUGUGGCCAAGACUGAAUCCUGUGAUGAGAAACAUGUGGUAUGAUGUGCAGCAUUAUCCCACAGUAGAAGGAAAGAACUGCGUCUAAUGAAGAUAUCAAGUUGCUGACUUUUUCCAUUAGCAUCAUACUGAUACAUUUGCUUGAACAUAGCCCUAAAUAUGGCAGAAACUGAACAUCUAGAAAAGCUUUUUAAUAUGGAAUACCAGUAAUGUUCACCCAGACCUUGAUGUUUUUAAACUACAGGGCCGUGCUGAGUGAUUCAAACGCAAAGACCCUAAGAAGGAGCUGGAUAUGAAGAUGCCGCUGAAUGUCUUUUUGAAUAUAUAUAUAUAAAAAAAAAAAAACUGUAUUCCAAAUAACUUAACAGCUGUUAUUAACUGCACAUUUUUUGUAUCUGUAACAAACAGCAUAAAACUUGGCAACAUACACACGAAAUCACUAAUGUAAUGCUUUCAUAUUGAAGACAAUAAAAAUACUGUGUUCUACUA